AUGAAGAAAGCACGAAUGAGCAAAUCGAAAUUCAAAGCAAUGCUCAUUGUUUUCUUCGACAUUUGGGAAAUAAUUUUUGUUAAAUGGGUUUCUAGUGGGCAAUUUGUCAACCAAUAUUAUUAUAAAGAGGUAUUGAUUAAAUUAAGAGAAGGUGUUAAAAAGAAGCGGUCAGAUCUGUGGAAGAAUGGCUGGGUUCUUCACCAAGACAAUGCUCCAGCUCACAGGGUAUUUUCAAUUCAACGUUUUUUAACUGAAAAAAAUAUUUCUAUACUUCAACAUCCCCCGUACUCACCAGACCUUGCUUCUUGUGACUUCUUCUUUUUCCCAAAAAUUAAAAAUGUAUUAAAAGGAACCCAUUUUCAACGAGUUGAUGACAUAAAAAUGAAAACGGCAGAACUUUUAAAAGGGCUCACUGAAAUCAAUUAG